ACAAGCAACGGUCUCAUCAUUCCCAAAGCUAUAUUAUAUACCACAACCAUAAAUAUUAUUAUUCAUCUGUAUCUAAUUACUCAACCCCCUUCUAAUUAUCCACAACUGAUGUCACAUAACUCACUCCGGGGAAUAAUUCCGUCACACCGGAGAACAACAACCAGAACAUCACAAUCACAACCUUCUCACACACUCCGCCGGCGAGUGCUGAUUAAGAGAUGCAACUCGGAGCCUUCUUUGUUGAACCUUGAUGGUGUGGACGACGAUCAUGACGGACUCAUUGUACAGCGCCGGACUUAUUCUCCGGCCAAAUUGAAACCGGGGUACGAUAAAGAUGGAAAGGUGGUGGUGAAUGUAACAGUUGAGGGGAGCCCUGGACCCGUCCGUACAAUGUUAAAACUCGGUUCAAGUGUACAAGAAACAAUGGAUAUCAUCAAGAAACAAUACAAUUCAGAAGGCAGGAGUCCACAACUAGAUCAACAUUCUCUUUCAACCUUUGAGUUGCACCAAUCGUAUUUCAGUCUUCACUGUUUGGAUAAGUCGGACAUGAUUGGAGACAUAGGUAGCAGGAGUUUCUACAUGCGAAAAUGUAACAAUGACAACUCCAGCUUCACCGGAUCUGGGAUUAUUUCAACAAUGGGAAACGAUUCUCCACCUCAAAAUCCAAUCAUCGUCUUACCAAAUUUUAUUUCUAAUAGUUUCAAGAAGAUUAUGAAAAUGUCCAGCAAGAUUUCGAAAAUAUUGGGUUGUAUUGAUAGGUGACAUCCCCCAACAAUGUACAGUACUCAUUGUAUGUAGGCAAAAGUAUUUGCAUA